ACAGAAUUGCUGCUCCAGGAUUGGAUGAAAAUGGACUUAACAUGUUUAAAUCUCAACUGCUGCAGUCUGCUCUGCUCUUCUUCUGCCACCUCCAACAGACCAUUCAGAGACAACGGAGAGGAGACACCUGUAACUGAGGAGCAGGAGUGGGUGCGUCUGAUCUGGGACCAGUUUUGGGCAGGAGUCGUCAGAUUAAAGACAGGCUGCAGCGGGAUCAGUGGGACCAGACAACACAGCAGCACAAAGCCUGUCCGUCAUCCUGGGAUCUACGGAGGCAAGCGGCGUGCCGGUGUCGGCCAUGAAGCUGGUGAACGGAGGAGGAGGAGGAGGAGGUUGUGGUGGUGGUGGCGGAGGAGGAGGAGGAGAGAAGACUGCUUUUUCCUUUAAGAAGUGCUCGGCUUUCCAGUUUGUCAAGAGGAAGGUACGAAGAUGGAUGAGGAACCCGAAGGUGAGCGUGGAGAAGACCCAGGGGAAAAACCUCAUGUACCCCUGUCCAAAGUGCCCGCUGUCAGACGACUUGUGGUACUCGCACUUCCCCUCGCCGUAUGGCUGCUGCCACUACAGCGGCAUGCAGGGCGGCACAUACUACCACCAGGAGUCGUGCUCGCCGUGCCCCGCCAGUGGACAAAGCAGCAGCAAUGACAAGAACAAGGGCUGCAAGGUCAGGAAGUGGAGGAUGCUGGCUCGCCAUCACGGCGACAGCUCAGCCAAGCAGAAAGAGGCCGAGUCAGACGUUCACCUGGGCGGGUGUCAGUCCUGGGGGAUCCACGCCUCGCCCUUCAUGGCCAGCCCGGUCAUGCUGGAGUGCUCCAUCUGCAGUGGGCCCUACAUCAGCUACACCCUGGAGGACACCUGGCAGCCACGACAGCGCACACAGGCGAUGGACCUGUACUACCACAAUGACUCAGACCCAGACACCUACUGUUGCCCUGGAGACAACACUUUUAUGAAACAAAGAAGGAUGGGGCUGAACGACUUCAUUCAGAGACUGGCCACAAACUCCUACGCCUGCAAGCAUCCUGAAGUUCAGUCGAUUCUGAACUUGAGUCCUCCUCAGGAUACCGAGCUCAUGAACUCAAAUCCUUCCCCUCCUCCGAGUCCCUCCCAACAGAUCAACCUCGGUCCUUCCUCCAACCCUUCAGCAAAACCCAGCGACUUCCACUUCCUUAAAGUGAUCGGAAAAGGAAGCUUCGGCAAAGUUUUGCUCGCACGGCAUCGCAUGGACGAUGAGUUUUACGCCGUCAAAGUCUUGCAGAAGAAGGCCAUCCUGAAGAAGAAAGAGGAGAAGCACAUCAUGUCAGAGAGGAAUGUGCUGCUAAAGAAUGUCAAGCACCCGUUCCUGGUGGGCCUGCACUACUCUUUCCAAACAGCAGACAAGCUCUACUUCAUCUUGGACUACAUCAAUGGAGGAGAGUUGUUCUACCACCUACAGAGAGAGCGCUGCUUCCUCGAGCCUCGGGCCAGGUUCUACGCAGCCGAGAUCGCCAGCGCGCUCGGGUACCUCCACUCCCUCAAUAUUGUGUACAGAGACCUGAAGCCAGAGAACAUCCUGCUGGACUCACAGGGACACAUCAUCCUCACAGAUUUCGGCCUGUGCAAGGAGAACAUCGAACCAAACGGGACCACGUCGACUUUCUGCGGUACGCCAGAGUAUUUAGCUCCUGAAGUUUUACACAAGCAGCCAUACGACAGAACAGUAGACUGGUGGUGUUUAGGAGCUGUUCUUUACGAGAUGCUGUACGGCCUGCCUCCGUUCUACAGCCGCAACACGGCCGAGAUGUACGACAACAUCCUGAACAAGCCGCUGCAGCUGAAGCCAAACAUUUCCAACGCGGCCCGACACCUGCUGGAGGGUCUGCUGCAGAAAGACCGCACCAAGAGGCUGGGCUGCACAGAGGACUUUAUUGAAAUCAAGAACCACAUAUUCUUCUCCCCGAUAAACUGGGACGACCUCAACGCCAAGAAGAUCACCCCUCCCUUCAACCCCAACGUGACGGGACCCAACGACCUGCGGCACUUUGAUCCAGAGUUCACAGACGAGCCGGUGCCAAGCUCCAUCGGCUGCUCCCCGGACAGCGCGCUAGUCACGGCCAGCAUCAAAGAGGCAGCUGAGGCCUUCGUGGGCUUCUCCUACGCCCCCUCUAUGGAUUCCUACCUAUAGGAUUUAACACACGCACUCACUUGGGCCCCAAUGCAGACUCAAAGGACAUGAAUAGGGGUCCAUCCAUUGACUUGCAUCUUGACCCCUCUUUACACUUCCAAUCAGGAAGAAGGAUCGAUCAAACAACCCUUUUGCAACAACGCAAAAUAAUCUGUACAUGCGAACUUUCGUUAUCUCUCCAACUCCUGUAUGCAUUUAGAAAACUUCCCACAAGAGGAUUCCCGCCAAAAUAAAAGAGCUCACCGGGGUUGUAGUCCCUGAUCUUGCCCUGAUGUUCCAACGCACAAAUCCUUCAACGAUCGACUUCACAACAAAAGCUCUGCAGCCUUCAGAUCGCUGAGUGGAAGCAUACAGCAUAGGCCGCCAACAAGCAGCCACAACCAACAAGCACACCAGGCAACUUUUUUUUCUCAAGAAGGAGGCUGGACCAUGCAGAAUCAGCCCUGAGGAGGAUUUCCAUCUUCAUCCAUGUAGCAAAACAUCUUCUAACUUUUGAGAUCCUGUCAAACCGCCCCCGGAGACGGAGCUUUUGAGUUUUGAGCGAGCAGAUUGGAGACGACAUGUUGGUGCUUUAGUUUCUUUUUCAUUUACUGUCUGGAAAGGGAGUCAUUCGAAGCUGAAUGUUACAGAGGGGAAUGUUUUAUUUUUCUCUCAAAUGUGCCUUUAUUUUUUCUCUCCAUCAGAGCUCACAUCUUUUGGGUUCCUUCGCGUCAAUGUCAGUUGUUUAAAAAUGUUCUGGAGUCACCAGAGAAGGAACAAUGUAGCACUCUAUUGUUCCGUCUUUAACACAUGACAUGUAAGAACUCAAAGGAUGCUUCAUAUCUUCAUUUUGCACAUGAAAUAAUAACGGUAAUGCUGGUAGAGAGAGAGAGAACGUGAGAGCACUGCUGCUAGAAAGAGAGAAGUGUGUGUGUGUGUAGUUCUGCUUGCCAACGUGUUCCCCUCAUAGUCUUCCAUUCGCCUCACAAUAACGUACCGGACGGCCUCGAUCCGAGUCGACGACAUCUAGAAACUGAACAUUCCAUUUUAAUAUUGCUGUAAUGCAGUUUGACGGUAUUUAAGUUUGUUUGUAUAUUUGGAGUCAUGUGUACUAGUUUUAAUGUAUAUUGAUCAAAAAAAUGACUAAAGGUAUGCUUAAAUAUGUAAAUGUAACAAUUCAUGUUAAAUGUACUGUAAAUUGUAAAAUUGUUUAAGAUUUAUGUGACCAUGUUUGGUUUGCAAUAAAAGUUUAACUUUAUUA